AUGGACCCGCAGGCGCUAUCAAGUGAAAGAGCACUCUCAAACAACAGUAAUGGCUUCUGGCUCCCUGGCUGUGGGCAGCCCCGGAUAUCUGGCCGCAUCGUGGGCGGGAGGGAUGCCCGGGAGGGGGAGUGGCCAUGGCAAGCCAGCCUGCAGUACCAUCGGUCUCAUGUGUGCGGGGCCUCACUCAUCUCUCGCCAGUGGGUGUUGACCGCAGCUCACUGCUUCCCAAGACCCGUGAGGCUGUCGGAGUACCGAGUACGACUAGGGGAGUUCCGCCUGGCCCGGCCCUCGCCUCAAGCUCUCUCCUUGCCACUGCUGCGGGUCGUGCUCAACGCCAACUUUACGGAAGACGGGGCCCAGGGCGACAUAGCGCUGGUCCAGCUCCACAGCCCGGUUCCAUUCAGUGCCCGUAUCCGGCCGGUCUGCCUACCUGGACCUGGAGCCCUGCCACCCCCAGGCACCCGGUGCUGGGUCACUGGUUGGGGCAGCCUCCAGCUCGGAGCACCACUGCCUGGCUCCCGGCCCCUGCAGGGCGUCCAGGUCCCCCUGAUAGACAGACUGGCCUGUGAUCAGCUUUACCACAUGGACUCCGACAUCCCCCUCUCAGAGGCCAUAGUCUUGCCUGGCACUCUAUGUGCAGGCUAUGCCAGAGGCAGCAAGGAUGCCUGCCAGGGAGACUCUGGGGGCCCCCUGGUGUGCAUCCAGUCUGGUCGAUGGGUCCUCGAAGGUGUGGUGAGCUGGGGCAAGGGAUGUGCUUUGCCCAACCGCCCAGGUGUCUACACCAGUGUGGCCCACUACUGGCCCUGGAUCCAGGCCCACUUGAGCACCCCAGCCCUGCACCCCCCCCACCAAGAGCCCAGUCAUCCCCAAUCCCACCAGCUCUUGCCGUUAUUUCUUCCUGCUAAAGAGCCCUUGCUUUCUGGUUUCCACCAGUUUCUGGUGCCUCUUUUUAAUCCCCUUCUUCACCUAGCUUCAUUUCCUGGUCUUUACACUUGUCCUUUCUCCUAUCCUUUUCUCUGCUGGCAUUCAUACUCAUUCAUUGUCUCUGUCUCUCUCCCCAUUUCUCCUUCCUGCUCCUCUCUCUCUUACCCUCUCCUACUCUGUCUCUCUUUUUCUCUCUCCCCCAAGUUCUUUAAACUGCUGUUUCCUGGAAUCCUGAGUCUCUCUGGCUCUUCUGAAAGAGCCACAGGUUUGUUUAUUCAUUGGCCAUUAACUUUUUUAUAUCAUCUGCUCAGUCAUCAGGCUAUGAGGCCACCCUUUGGUGCUGGAGCAGGGCAGAAUUUGCCAGAGUCCUCUCUGACCUGGAUCUUCUACUGGUUCUCUUCUUCUCCUUCUACUUAUUCCUUUGUGGAAUCACAUACGCCAGGGAGUCAUCAGAGGACAUAUCACAUACCUUGGGGACAAAAGGACAGUAGCUGUGGAGCCCUGGCAUUCUGCCCACUGCCCCAAGGCCCAGUAAGGGAAAUGGAACAACUGGGGACUGCCUGGCUCUUGCUGUUGCUGCUACUGCUGCCACCCACGACAAAAGGUGAAGAAGGUCAUUGGAUAAGUUCAGGCUGUGGUCAGCAAAUCCUGAUGAACCAGGUGAAUGAGCGCAUCGUGGGAGGCAAAAAUGCCCAGGAAGGGGCUUGGCCAUGGCAGGCCAGUCUAAGGCAGAACAAGAACCACAUCUGCGGGGCCACUCUCAUUUCCCAUAGCUGGGCUCUGACAGCUGCCCAUUGCUUUCACCAGCCUAUCCAGGAGUCCCAGUUCCAGGUAGUCUUCGGGGAACUCCUGCUCUUUUCCACCCCAGACCAGUCCAUCUCAAGCCCACUGAGCCAGGUGAUCCUGCACCCAGACUACUCCGGGGUAGAUGGCUCGACGGGGGACAUUGCCCUCUUGAAGCUGGCCCAGCCUCUCACCUUCUCCCCCUGGAUUCUGCCAGCCUGUCUCCCUGAGGCCUCCAACCCCUUUCACACUAAUUCAACCUGCUCUGUGACAGGAUGGGGGAACGUGAAGGAGGGAGUUCAGCUGUCCCCACCAUACCCCCUGCAGGAAGCAACGCUGCCACUGAUUGAAGCUAAGGAGUGUAACCAGAUCUUGAACAGUGAUCAGCAAGAGGUCACCGAUGAAAUGAUCUGUGCGGGCUAUAUGAAUGGGGGUGUGGAUGCCUGUCAGGGUGAUUCUGGGGGUCCCUUGGUAUGUCCGUAUGUAGACUCCUGGUUCCUGGUGGGAAUCGUAAGCUGGGGCAUUGGCUGUGCCCGACCCGGAAAACCAGGUGUCUACACUCUCGUCUCUGCCUAUGGGGACUGGAUCCUGAAUAACACAUCAGAGGUGCGGCUGGGCUCCUACAGCAUCAGUGUCUGGAAUGCUGCUGUCACACGGACUCAUGGUCCCCAUGUCACCAGCCUCCUUCUGGUCCUGUGGGGCCUUGCCAACAGUUACUGAAUUCCUCAACAGCUGCUGCUUCCCUUCUAUUUAACCCCGUUCGACCUCCCCACCACCCACAUGCCCAGAUACAUCAGAAAUCUCCCCCUUUCCAAAUCCAUCUCUAGUACCUUCCAUUUCUAAAAAGCCUUCAAUACACUCAGCCUUGUCAGCAGAUGCCCCCACCCCAGAGACUGAGUGUAAUUCCCUCACCCCCAUCUCCCCUACCUGGGUUGGCACAGAGAUAGCACUUCAGUAUCUAAUUCGUCCUUCUCUUUUUAAUAAAGAUGCCAGAAGAAAGAUUAGCAGUAAGCCUACUGGGCCCCAGCCAGAACAAGUUCCAGCAGUUGUCUCUCCUCCAAAGGGGUGUUGCAGAAGAAGGGGGAGCAGAGUCAUUAGAGUGCAAAGCAAGGGGGAAGAGGGGAAGCAGUUAAGUAAGAGGGGGAGGCAGGAAUGUAAGCCCUUCGCUGUGAGCCAAAAGAUCUGUUUGAUGUCCCGCUUUGCCACGGACUCAUCGGGCAAAUAAAUUCCCCUCCCUGGGCUUCAUAUUCUCCUCUGUAAAAUGGGGACCCAGUAAAUUCAAAGGCACGCCCAUCUCCAAUAUGUUGAGUCUGCCAGGGGUCAAACUAAGGCCUCCUUCAGGGAAGUGAAUAAGAAAAGUAAAGAGUGAAUGCCACAAGUA